CGCUCCUCCUCAGCUCAACACACACAUCCAUUGUACACAAACGGGCAGGCGGCUCACGCAUACACACGCACUCACACACAUGCAGACACACACACACACACACAUAGAGACGUACACACGCACAGCAUCGAUCGUGGCUCCUUUAAGAAAGCCUAAGCCAGAAUUAUCACCCCACCUCCUCUUGAUCUCUAGACGCUUUUGCAUAAGAAAAUCAAGCCGGGAGCCGAGAGUGAUCAAAGAAAACGAGAGGAGAGCUGCUUCAUUUUUUAACUGUGAUUGUGACCAUUAACAUUUAGGUGGUGCCGAUCCCGUGGAGACGCGCGUCGGACCAUCAUUCAUCCGGUACUUUUGACAAGCCCUCGCGUUUUGACUGACAGGCGGAGUGGCAAAAAGCCAUGAGAGUCGCCAGUUCUGUUUGAGGGGCUAUUUUAUUUUCACCCUGGUUUUGGGAAAGGAGUCUGGCGCCGCUGCCCCGAGGAUAGCCGAGGACCUAUUCGCCGCGCCUGGGCUAAACUUGCGCAGAAAGCGGGGGCUGGCUUCAUCGUUCCGUGGAAAAAAAAGGCAUACGGGAUUUUGGCUGAAACAUCUUCCCAUUUAUUUGGAUUUUGUUUCUUCAUUUCGUCUCCACCCUGGCCUCAGAGGGGAUUUAUCUAAACUGAAAGGACGACCAGGGAGUGAGGAGGGUUAUGGCGCAACGGUACGAAGACUUGCCCCACUACGCGAUGGACGGGGUGGGCAUCCCGACCACCAUGUACGGAGACCCGCACGGCGCCCGGUCCAUGCAGGCGGUGCACCUCAACCACGGGCCCCAGCUGCACUCUCACCAGUACCCGCACACCGCCCACACCAACACCAUGCCUCCCAGUAUGGGCUCCUCCGUUAACGACGCUCUCAAGAGAGAUAAAGACGCUAUAUACGGGCACCCCCUGUUCCCCUUGCUUGCACUGAUUUUUGAGAAAUGUGAAUUAGCGACUUGCACCCCCAGAGAGCCCGGGGUGGCGGGAGGAGACGUCUGUUCAUCGGAAUCUUUCAAUGAAGACAUAGCAGUGUUUGCAAAACAGAUUCGGGCAGAAAAGCCUUUAUUUUCAUCGAAUCCAGAAUUGGAUAAUCUGAUGAUUCAAGCCAUUCAAGUUUUACGAUUUCAUCUUCUGGAGCUGGAGAAGGUACACGAGCUGUGUGAUAAUUUCUGUCACCGGUACAUCAGCUGCUUGAAAGGCAAGAUGCCCAUCGACUUGGUCAUAGACGACAGAGAGGGCGGGUCCAAAUCAGACAGCGAGGAAAUCACAAGAUCAUCGGUGGCCCUUGAUCAGACGUCCUGGAACAGAGAUCAUGACGACACGGCGUCCACACGCUCUGGAGGAACACCGGGACCGUCCAGCGGCGGUCACACAUCACACAGCGGCGACAACAGCAGCGAACAGGGUGAUGGCCUGGACAACAGUGUGGCUUCACCGAGCACAGGGGAUGACGAUGACCCGGAUAAAGAGAAGAAACGCAACAAGAAGAGAGGGAUCUUCCCUAAGGUGGCCACCAACAUCAUGAGAGCAUGGCUCUUCCAGCACCUAACACAUCCCUACCCGUCAGAAGAACAGAAGAAACAGCUGGCGCAAGACACAGGCCUCACCAUCCUACAAGUGAACAACUGGUUCAUUAACGCGAGGAGGAGAAUAGUCCAGCCCAUGAUUGACCAGUCAAACCGUGCAGUAAGUCAAGGAGCUCCCUACAAUCCAGAUGGCCAGCCGAUGGGGGGCUUCGUCAUGGACGGCCAGCAGCACAUGGGAAUCAGACCACCUGGACCAAUGGGUGGAAUGGGCAUGAACAUGGGCAUGGAAGGUCAGUGGCACUACAUGUAGCCCCGCCCCAGUCCGGCCAAUCGCAACACAAAGGGGGAUAACUGCAGGGCAAACCGGGGGAUCACCAGUCUCACAGAGGCCUACAGAGCAUGGGAACAGGACUCCCUGACUCCCUGACGACAACAACCAACGGCGACCCCUCUGUCAACCUCCAAGACCCAACAUCAUUUUAUUCGGCUUAUAUCUGCAACAUGGGAACCUUCCAUGACUGCCUACAAUCCUUGUCUAUGUAUCCAGUGAUGGUGACGCACAGAAGAUCAAACCUCACCUCACCCAGAUGUGACCCCCCUGUCCCGACAGAAUCCUGCUUCUUCUCUGGUGGGCACUAGACUUUGCCCCCCCCCCCCUUGCUGCCCACUAGUUUCACAUGGAUUCCUCCAUUGAAAGUGAUUGCGAUUGCGAGAACAGAUGACACACGAGAGACACACUGGGUCCUCCGCCUGUACCUUCGGCAAAUGUGGCACUUGGUGAUAUUUUCUAGACUCUUUGGCAAACACAAGAGACUUCCUGCGAAGAGCACUCCACUCUUUGGGACGAUGGAAUUGGACCAAGGAGAAGCCAAUGUCUGUAUCUGACAGGACACUAACAAAGCAAAAAGAGGUGCCCUUUAAAAAAAUAUAGUGGAUUGAAACAUGGAAAGAGGGAAAGCAAGAGAAAAGAAAUUAAAAGUAUAACUAUAUCAAACCCUAGUUUGGGAAGCGAGUGGAGAAAGAAAAUAUACUGUAUACUGUUGUAAAAUUACGCUGGACUCUCACAAGAACUGGGAAUUUAAGUAUUGUAAAUGCUAUUGUAUUGUUCUGCAUAUUAUGUUGUUUCUAAUAGAUUUUUUAAAAAAAGGAUGUGAACUUUUUUCUGUUUUUUUUUUUUUCUGGUUUCUUUCCACACUAUGUGUGUGUUGUCUCUCCAUCGAAUUUGACCUCCUGCCCCUCCCGCCAUUAAAUCACAAUGCAUUUUUAAAAGAAAAAAAAAGUGAAUAAACAGACAAUUCGAUCAGUCUGUCAUUUCUCGCAAGCCUUUAUUUGGAUGGUAAGAGAGAGUGUGAUGGCGAUUCAGAUGUCCUGUUUUUUUUUCCUUUAAUUUUUUUUAUACAUACAUUACACAGCCCAUCUACAUACAUGCAGGGUGCAGCUAAGUGUAUUACUGUUGCUGUGUCUUCACCUUCUAACUCUAAUUUUGGUGAUUUUUUAAAUAUUUUCAUAUCAGUUGAUUAUAUGUUCCUCUGCUGGUGCAAAGAUUUUAUUGGUAUAGAAAAUUCUCUGACUAUUUGGGGUCUUUAAACUCUUAUAACUCAGUGGAUUAACUCCAGACACAAUGACAUAAAGCUAAAUACAGUUUUCGAGAAGCUAACAUUUUGGAUGUAGAAGGUUUUUAAUCCAAUUGCCACUGUCCAAUUCAUCAUUUGAUCUAUUUUGUACUCUGUUCAAAUGAGGACAGACACAUAAUGUAGGUGUCAACAUGGCUAACAUCAGGACAGGCUAACAAACAUGAUACUGAGCUUCAGUCAAUGCUCGCAAACAAUCUAAAAAAGAUCACUGUGGAUGGGAAACUACAAGUGUGUGUCCCACAAACAUGUUGUUUCCUGUUUUUCUCUGUGUCUAUGAUUGAGGGCCUCUGAAAGUCUAUUCUAGUGUCCUAUUGAUGUGUUUUAUGUCACAAGGCCAAGCACUCGCUUAGCCAAUGGAUUCUCUUCCCCUCAGUGUUUGAUGCGGCCUGAUAACAGGGAGAGGCAGAAGCUAUGGGAAAACACCAUUUAUACCACAGUCCAUCUUGAUUUAACCAGAUGAUGUAAUGCUGAUCAACAGACAGGGGAGAAUGUAAAAGUCACAAUGUGUGUGUGUGAGUUUCUGUGUGUGUGGCAGUAUGUAUGUGAAGGGGGUACAUGUGUGUGUGCGUGUGCAUACAUCCUUGUGUGGGUUAUCAAUGCAUCCAUUAUCCAUUGCUUCAAACAUGUAUAACGCACAUCUUUAAGGUUCCUUUGAAGACAAGUCAUGUUUCUUAUGCUUUUACUUUGAAGGGUAUAUAUGUGCAUCUGUGUUGUAAAUAAAUACUUUUUGUUC